CACCCAUCAGGACGACCACUGUGCUGGGUCUGGACUUCUCGCCCGUAGAUCUAUGAUUAACUCUACUGCGUGACGAUGCUGUAUCUCGUCUUGUAGCUCUGUACUGACGUCUGGCCUACCAUCUGGCCUACCAUCUGCUUCACAGCGCCUUGUCGCUGCCUCCAUGGCAUCUCCGCGGUCGCCGGCAGCAUCAGCCACCAGCAGCGCCGGCUCAAGACGCUCCUUUGAACAGGACCGCGAUCGCCCUCAAACACUAGAGGAUCUCGUGAGCUACUUUGUCGCUGCAAAGCGAUCUCUUAACUCCCAGACAGUGCUCUGGCGCGCCAACGAGAUUGUGACAACCGCACGAGAACUGCUCGAAGAGAACGCAAUACUAGCAGCAAAGAAUGCAUCAAUACGGAAUAUCGUAGAACAGCAAGUGGACACGCUAGAAGCCGUCCGCCGUGGUGUAGAUGUUGUAGAGGCCGAGGUGCAAGCCGAGUUCAAGCAACUCUUGCACGAUGUCGACACCUCCUUCUCGGGUCUCAGCUCAACGCUCGCUGUAUUGCGUGAAACGCCUAUUGAGGCUGCACUCCAGCCACCUGGUACGCCGCAGAAGCAUCUCUACGACUUCAUCGACAGCACGACCGUCUCCAACCUGGAAGGCACCUUACGCGCCUGUAUAGACCGCUAUAACGACGUUCUGGCAACGAUGGGCGACAGCAACGACGCUUUCGAUACGUCUCUCGACAAUCUUCAUUCUUCGAUCGAAAACGUGCCAAUGACACCUGCGACCACCUCGAAUCCUAGCCCAAUACCGAGUCUAUACCGCGAUCUCGAAGGACACGCAAAGGAAGCCGCUCAGGCGUUCCAGGGCUUAGUGCAACACUACGACUUUUGCGUCACAGCGUUGCGGCACACAGAAGGUGGGUCAGCAGCUGCCACGCAAGCCACGGGCGAUGCGCCGUCUCAAUCUGGAGAUGAGUUCGCUGCCCCUCCAGAGCUCAUAAGUGAGGACGAACGCCAAGACAUGCUUGCUGUGCUGCAAAAGGAUGCCCACGAGGUCGAAGAGGUUGUUUCAGAGAUACGUGAGCGAGGAUCUGAGAUGACCUUUCUCUUGAACCAAAUCGAGAAUCACAUCAAUCUCCUUCGCAACGAGGCGGCGGCGCUUUCCAGCAUCUUGCAGAUGAUAGCACAAAUCACGGCUGAAGUCAGGUCACACAUCUUGACAUCACGCUCGUUCCAUGCGUCGUGGCUCGAUGAUACGCGACCUACACUUCUCAACGGCAUUGAGGAGUGGGAAAACCAGAGAGAGUUCUACGAGCGCUUUGACCUCGCGUACGCCGAACUACUAGUUGAGGUGUCUUCACGCCGGAGGAGGCAUGAGAAGGCAAAACGAAAAGCCGAAGAAGCUCAGAAAGAACUAGAUAGGCUGUUUGCUGAAGACGAGCGCGCGAGAGAGCAAUUUGCGCUUGCUCAAGGCGACUUUCUACCGCUGGAUAUCUGGCCCGGCCUCAGAGAUGCGCCGCGGGAGUACGAGGUUAGAGCUGUUCCUUCCAUCUUGCACAACGACGAGGACAAUGAAGGGCAGGUAGAGGCCAAAAGCUACGUUGUACAGAGCAUACCGCAACUCGGGAGAAAUGUGGUUGAGCGAGCAUUGACACGGGUGAAAAGAAGGAUGUAAGCCUGCCAAGUCUGCCCUCAGCGCUCUCACGUUGCCGGACUAAGGACGUGAGCCAAGUACACCAUACGACAGCGGAGUAGGGAAAUACUACAAAAAUCUAUAGAGACCUUUUUUGCCUACAAUACAGGUAAUUCUCAACUAGAUUUUUGCUUCAGAAAUGUUGUAGGAUCGAAGUAUCCAUUAGUGCAGCCAAUAGGCUUCUGAAUCACAACUGAAUGCCUC